CGUCGUUUUUGUGUGGAGGCGACGUUCGAUAAAAACAUAGGAUUACGCUAUUUAAUUGAUCAAAAACAUCAACAAAUUAGCUUUGCAUAUUUUGAUUUCGGUACUGAGUAGUUCUUUAAAUGGAACUAUGCAAGCUAAAGGUGUAUACGCAUUUUGCAUUCAUUACUGCCCAUGUUGAGCAUGUACGCAUGCGCUGUCCCAUAUCAGUUAUCGUAGCUUUGAACUGAAAGAGAGACAUUUAAACCGUGAGGAAGUCGACAUAGUGUUUAGGCACAGAGCCACUGUUAAAUCAAGGUGUGGGACACUGAACUAUGCAGUAUGUCUCCAAAAGGAACUCCAUUGCCUAUUUUGUCUGUGAAAGAAGUCCCACCUUGACCUCCGCCAAAGAGACAUGCCCACACAACUUUGCUGAAAUAUUGCCCACGGAAAUGAGCUUGAAGAUUUUCAGCGAACUGGACAUUGACAGCUUAUGUAGUGCAUUGUUGACUUGCAAACUGUGGCACCACAUCAUUGAAGACAGUGACCACCUCUGGAGGAAUCACUGCCUGACUGUGCAAGCUUUCUGUCAACAGGAGGUUGAUGGGGACAGACAGUAUGGACUGUCGUGGAAGGUCACCCUGGUGCGGAACUAUAGGAGAGGUUUUCUGAAGAGAGAAUGGUUAAGGGGACGAUACAGCAACAUUCAUUCAGCCGAUGAACUACUGGACAGGAACAUGUGCUCGUUGGAUGUCGAGACUUGGGGCGAGAUUCUGGAAGCAGAGCUGGAGAGAUAGAUGCAAUGCUAUAAAGAGAUAUGAGUGAACUCUUUAGAUUUCAUUUUUUAUACUUAUGUCUUAAGCACUUGAUUUGUUUUAUACCUUAAUAAAUUUUUUAUAUAGGAUUAUGGUUAAAUCACAGACUUGUAUAUAUUUUUGUCAUGCAUUAAUACAGUGGGGAGAACAAGUAUUUGAUACACUGCCGAUUUUGCAAGUUUUCCUACUUGCAAAGCAUGUAAAGGUCUGUAAUUUUUAUCAUAGGUACACUUCAACUGUGAGAGACGGAAUCUAAAACAAAAAUCCAGAAAAUCACAUUGUAUGAUUUUUAAGUAAUUAAUUUGCAUUUUAUUGCAUGACAUAAGUAUUUGAUCACCUACCAACCAGUAAGAACUCCGGCUCUCACAGACCUGUUCGUUUUUCUUUAAGAAGCCCUCCUGUUCUCCACUCAUUACCUGUAUUAACUGCACCUGUUUGAACUCGUUACCUGUAUAAAAGCCACAUGCACACAUUAAACAGCAAAGAAACUUCAGGCUA